AUGAUCCCACCGAAGAUAACGCACGUGACCUCCGGCGGCCAUUUGCAGGUGCGGAAGGGUUCCCCAGUAAGGUUGGAGUGCUCGGCCACCGGUAAUCCGAUGCCAAACAUCACCUGGACUCGGAAAAACAAUCUCCUUCCGAAUGGCGAGGAGCAGUACACUUCGUCGGUUUACGUAAUCGAGAACAUGGACCGGCACAAGGGCGGCACCUACAUCUGCACGGCCAACAAUGGCGUCGGCCAGGUGGCAACCAGCCAGAUCAUCCUACACGUGCUGUAUCCUCCGGAGAUCAGCGUGGAAAACCCCAUCGUUUAUUCCGGCGAAGGUCAGGAAGCGAUGCUCGUGUGCAUCGUUCACGGAGAAUCACAACCGGAAGUACUGUGGCACAAGGACACGAUGCAGAUCGAUCAGACGGAGCGGCACGUGAUCGAAAAUCGAGGGGCACGUCAUACCCUCAUCAUCCGGAAGGUUCAUCCGCAGGAUUUCGGAAAUUACAGCUGCAUAGCGGACAAUCAGCUGGGCAAGACGAGAAAAACGGUUACCUUGACUGGGAAACCGAAAGCUGCUGUGUUUCGAUCCAUGCCCAAUAGCCAAUGGAAGGAUCGGUACAACAUUUCCUGGAUCGUGGAUUCACACUCGCCCAUUGAGGAGUACAAACUUUACUACCGAUUGGUGGAUGGAGAUGUACUGGCAGGACACGAGGGUCUCUAUAUGGAUGCCAUCAACCGGAAGACCCAUCACACCUACAUGGGAACGAAUAUGCUGGAAUACGACCGGAAGAUCCCUGCCAUGGAUGCGUACUCGUUCAAUGGUGGAGGCGGAGGCGGAAGUGGCAUCGUCGGGAUGGGAAGCGGAAGCUACGGGGGUCACAACAUGCAUCACAAGUGGUCCCGGACGGACUGGCGAGAUGUGGUGCUGCCGGCCUUUCCCUACUCGCAUCACUACACUCAGGGCAUGAGCUACCUGCUGCGGGGGCUGGAACCGGAUCAGCAGUACGAGGCCCGGGUACAAUCGAGAAACCGGUAUGGGUGGAGCGAUUUCUCGGAAAGCUUUCUUUUCACCACUUCAAACACAGAUACCGAGAUCCGGGACCUGAGCGUGACCCACCGGGGUGGUAAUUCCAACUCUGGGCCCACCCUGGCCCGGCAGCACCACUGGAGCGUCACCCUGUCGGUGGUAUCCCUCCUGGUAACCCUAUCGAUCCUGAGGCGCACCUUUUGAAGGUGAUUGAAUCCGGUGAUAUAAACAACUGAGCAGGUGGGGGGACUGACCCGGGUAUGAACAAAACUAAAAAUGGAGGGAAAAAAUUAAAAAAAAAAACAUUGCCACCGGUAGUGAAAUGAUGUUGAAAAAAAAAAUCACACAAAUCCAAACGGCACUGCGGGUUGCUUGCUGCUUGCUGGGUCAAAGGCAAACAAAUGAAAGAGCGAGAGAGAGCGAUGUGAGCGAGACAAGAGAACAUUCGAAAUCCCAGGCUGUCCGAAACCCGUGUUGAUUAAGCUUUAAUUGCAUUUGGUGUGUCCCCUCAUUCCGUAGUCUGUUUGUUCCGGAUUCGAUUAAAUCAUUCACACGAACCUCUUAAAAAUGGCACAGACGCGCGCACAUAGACAGACAUACACAGACAGGCAGGUAGAUAAAAGCGGCACACAUACACAUACUUGCGUAUGUUUGGGUUAAUUGCAAAAUAACCCGGCGCGUCCCAAUCGGUUGAUUGAUUUUGACGCCUUGCGAAAUUUAAAGUGCAUUUUUGCGGUUUAUUUUUGUGAGUUUUAUUUCAGUCGUGAGAGAGUAGGAUGUGUCGAAUACACACUGUUUUCGAAUUCCAAAACGACUACUUGUAAUAUGAAAUAAUCGUAUUAGGCAAAAAUCAACGUGUGAUUUUUUUUUCUAAUUUUUCGUGUAAAAAUUUUGUGCUAAAAUUUAAAAUAUUAUUUUCUUUGGUUUUUUUCUCAAUAUUUUCUUUCCAAGCUAUCAAAAUUCAUUUUCGAUACUUGCAGUCUAUAAAAAAGUACCCUGGCUUUAACUCCGCUCAAGAUCGCGAAGUGAUUAGAUUAGAAUGAAAAAAGUUUCAACUUCCCAAACAAGAACGUUUCUUCUUAUAAAAUAAUCUAGCAACACUGUUAAAAAUCCGAAAACUGAUCAAAAAUAUUUUAAAAAUGUUUUUUAUAAAAAUUGCUUACUUUAGAGUAUAAAGAUGUUCAGACAAACUGGUUUUCGUUAAAUUUUCAAUUUUUAGAAAAAGAAUGUUUAUCUAUCAUUGUGUAGAGCAGCGAUGCCAGGUUGAUUUGUCAAGAGCAGCAUGAUGAAAAAAUCAGGAUUUUCAGGGCAACUCAAAUCGUGCUUAAAUUGCAUUAAUAAAGGUGAAAAACAGAUACUCAAGACGUAUUAAUUUUUGCACUGAGGCGCUAGAUUCUGCUCGCCUCGCCUGAAUCGGCCUGCAGUUUAUAAGGAAAAACAUCAUCUCGAUAUCGUCUGAACUGAACAUUAUUAGCGGUUUAACUAUUUUAGUACAGAUUUCUUCGAUAUUCCGAUAAUUUUAUUACAUAUAAAAUUACAGUUUAGAUCAAGAUUCCAAAAUUUUUUGAAGAACGUAUCCUGGCCAGACAAUCCUGGCUAUUUUAUCAAAAAACCUAGAAAAAUCCGGGCAUUUGAUUUCAAAAUUGUCGACUAAAAUCCUGGCAACAUCCGGACAAAUUUGGUCAACACAUAGGAAAUACUCAUCAAAAAUUAAGGAAAAAAGGGGGAAAAAAUAUGUUUUUCAAAAUUUAUCAGCAGGUUUUAUUUUUAGGCUCUCAAACACCUUUCAUGACUAUUUUUUUGAAACUUGUUCAAGAGGUUUCGUUUUGGCCGCAUAAAUAAAGAAAAAUUCAAAACAAUUUGUUUUUUUUUACGUUUAAUUCGACAAUUAGAAUGAGAAUAAUUCCGAGCAAGAUUUUCAAUGAAAUCCGGAAAACCGGGCCGAACAGAAAUUUUCCAAAAUUUUAUAUUAAAUAUCCGGGCAAAACCGGAUGAAACCGGGCAAUCUGGCAAUCUUAGUUUAGAUAUUUUUUGAAAAUGUGUUCAAUUCACUUCAUUUAAAGAGCUUUUUUUAAAAAAAAAUCAGGACAAAUAAGGACAAUAUAAAAAUUCACGACAGUCUUUCGAAAAAAAGGUCAAAUCUUGAUUUAUCAGGGCACAUGGCGCCUCUAGAGUGGGGUCUCCAGAUUAGGGGUGCCAGGUGGACUUGUCAAAAAUCAGGACACCGAGAAGAAAAAAAUCAGAAUUUCUAAAGACACUUUUUGAAUGAUGGAAAUAAUCUGCUUAAAUUGCAUAAAUAAAGGCAAAUUCACUGUUUACUGUAAACGCUUUAUUUUAUGUAACAGAAUUGAGCAGCUCUUUGACUGGUCUGCACUUUUAAUCUGAUACUCCGUUUAUUUUAUAACAAAUUUAUUCGAUGUUCUGAUCAAUCAUCUACGAAUUUGGUAGUUUUGAUCCUUUUUUGAGAACCAGUGCAAUUCAGGUCAUUUUGAAAACCAUUUUUAAAAAUCAGGGCGGUCUCUCGAAAUCAGGACAAAUCCUUGAAAACCAGAACGCUUGGCACCUCUGCUCCUGAAGCACUGGUUAAAAACAGUUUUUUAAGUUAUUUUUUCCAAAUCCAAUGCAUCUCGUGACUGAAAAUUUUUAUUUACCAUAUGAAAUCGUAUGCAAAAGACAUAAAAAAAAAAUCAGUGUGUUUUAACAUAUCAAGCCUCUAAAGCAGAGAUUCCAAGUCGUUUUGUCAAAAAUCAGGACAAUAUGAGAAGCACAAAUUCUGCUUAAAUUGCAUACAUAAAGGCGAAAUACUGGUACUAAAAAAUCACCAUUUCAAUAUAAUCUGAACCGAAGAUUAAUAUCGGUUUAACUAUUGUUUUACAGAAUAGUGCGAUAUCCUGAUAAAUUAACUAUAAAUUUAAUAGCAUUUAGGAUAUUUUUUGAAAAUAAGGACAAUUUAGUAUAUUGAAAAAGUUUUUUCAAGCAAUCAGGACAAAUCAGGACAAUUUUAAAAAUCAAGACGGUCUUUCAAAAAUCAGGACAAAUUCUGAUUCAUCAGGGGACACCUGGCGCCUCUGCUCUAAAGUCAAUAACAUUAUCGUCAGAAAAAUGAUACCAUUGUGCCGGGAUGCCAUGUCGUUUUGUCAAAAAUCGGGACAGCAUGAGGAAAACAACAGGGUUUUCAGGACACCACAAGCUCUGUUUAAAUUGCAUGCAUAAAGGCGAAAUACUGAUACUGAAACGCCUUAAUUUAUAUACUGAGGCGAGCAGAAUCUUGUGUUGCCGGCAUCACCAUUUCAAUAUCAUCUGAACCGAACAAUAUUAUCUGUUUAACUAUUCUGUUAUAGAUUCGUUCGAUAUCCUGUUAAUUUAACUGUAAAUUCGAUUACAGUUAAGAUAUUUUUUGAGAAUCAGGACAAUUCAGUACAUUGAAAAACCUUUUUCUAAAAAUCAGGACUAAUCAGGCCGAUUUUAAAAAUCAGGAUGGCAUUUCGAAAAUCAGGACAAAUCCUGAUUUAUCCGAACACCUGGCACCUCUGGCAUUGUACUAGUUUUUUGACAGUGUUGCUAGAUUCUUUCGAUGGAUAAAAUCUUCUCUGUUUUCGUCGCAACAGUUUUUUUUAAAUUCCAAUUGCUUUGCGGUUUGGAGAAAAGUUGUAGUCAGAGAGUUUUCCAAUUAGCUUGAUAAAUUGCAAUUUCAGCAUGAAAAGACCGCAUUGUAAAAAAAAACUGAAAAUCAAUUUCCUCCGAACAAAAUUCUACAUUUAUUUUUCAGAUAAAAAAAAUUAAACAUUUUUUUCCAAACAGAAAACUUUCUAUGCUUCAAGCAAGCGUUUUGAAAUUCGAAAACAGUGUAAAGUUGACACACCUUAGUGUGAGAUGUAUUCAGUUUGUAGCCAAUAGAGUUGAAGGGAAAAUAAAUUCCAACCUGAAGGGACAGAAUGAGAUAAAGCAGGAGAAAAUUUGAAACGCUACUAAAUGGUGGGAAAGAAAACGUUAAGCAACCAAAAAGACUAUUUUUGAUAUGAUGGUGAUGGGAAAAAUAUUGAUUUAAUACAAACAACCCGGGGGCGAAAGCGAACGUGGUAAAUUAAAUUAAAACAAGAAAAACUUAAAUGCAUGUAUUAUACAUUCGAUAUAUUUGUGCGCGUACGAGUAUGUGUGAAGCGGGUGGCGUUUUCCGUUGAUAAGCAUCACUUAUUUUUUAAUUAAAUCGAAAUUGCCGAACUGGUGCGUGAAAAUCGUUUCCCUCACCGAAAAGAGUGGGUUCCUCAAUUUGCGGUAUUUAUUCAUUUUCGAUGAUUAAUUUAAUGUUUCGUGAAAUGAUGCAAUAACCUUUACCAACUCCAAAAGGGUGUGUCUUUCAUAUCGGAAAAAAUUCGAAAGUAAAAAAAACACUAAAUCAGAUCGAUUUCCAACCGUUAAGGGAUGUGUGCGGUACCUGUUAAUGGUUUGCAUUUACGACGACAAUCCGGACACCACAUUAUCACAACCGGAAAAUGGGCGACCCAUCAACUGCCUUCUGACUGACCGACCCAUAUCGGCACAUAACUUUCAAGAGUGCAUCUCGUGCCGUUCAUAAAUAAACCUCCCACAUUCAUUCAGUACGCCACGGCGCGGUCGCUGCGCUGCGUGUGUGCAUCGAUUAAAUCGAAUGGCCAUUUAUGGAACUGUAAUUAGACGUGUCCAAUUUCGGCGAAAGUGCAAACCAAUUAUAAAUGGACUAUGAAUUUAUGGAAAUUUUCAAUAAUCGAGUGAGACACCCACCGAUCAACAGGCGGCGGCGGCGGCGCGAAAACAUUUGAGCCGGGCAACCAAUUCAUUAUUGCUAGAGUUUUUGAGCUCUGAUAGGUAUUCACCGGAUGUCGGGUUGAAGUGCAGUUGUUGAUUGUUGAUUACAGAUAUCGAAACAGUUUGGUUGAAGCGAAUUCAAUUGAGAUUAAAUUGAUUUUUUUUCCAAGGAAUUGUUGAGUCUCAGAUUUAUG